CAUCCCGGCGUGUUCCCCCGACGUCACGUUCCAUACGCGCGUUUUGUCACUUCCUGUUCUUCCGGUGAUUUGGUUGCCAUCUUUCCUCCGGUGUGUAAUGGCGAACAACAGCGCGGCGGCCCAGGCUGGGGCGCCGCAACCAGCCCAGACAGGCGGCGGGGUGAACAAGCCGGCGGCCUCAGGGAAGUCCGGAAACGUGUUGCCGCUAUGGGGCAACGAGAAGACUAUGAACCUGAACCCCAUGAUCCUGACAAACAUUUUGUCCUCCCCUUACUUCAAGGUGCAGCUGUACGAACUUAAGACGUACCAUGAGGUGGUGGACGAAAUCUACUUCAAGGUUACUCAUGUUGAACCAUGGGAGAAAGGCAGCCGGAAAACUGCUGGACAGACAGGGAUGUGCGGAGGGGUUCGUGGUGUUGGCACUGGUGGUAUUGUUUCCACUGCUUUCUGCCUUCUAUAUAAACUGUUUACCCUGAAGUUGACAAGAAAACAAGUGAUGGGUCUUAUUACACACACUGACUCCCCAUACAUCAGGGCUCUUGGUUUCAUGUACAUAAGAUAUACGCAACCUCCUGCAGAUCUGUGGGAUUGGUAUGAAGAUUUUCUUGAUGACGAAGAGGAACUGGAUGUAAAGGCUGGGGGUGGCUGUAUAAUGACUAUUGGGGAGAUGCUGAGAUCGUACCUCACCAAGCUAGAAUGGUUCUCCACGUUGUUCCCCAGGAUUCCAGUACCAGUUCAGAAGCAUAUAGAUCAGCAGAUAAAAACAAAGCCACGAAAGGUUAAAAAGGAAGGUGCUGAAGAGGUGGAGGAGGUGGAGCGGCAUGCUGAAAGAAGGCGGUCCAGAUCACCAAAAAGAUCAGUAAGUCCCCGGAGGUCCCCCAGGAGAUCCAGAAGCAGAAGUCAUCAUCGAGAGCACCAUGGCACAUCAAGUUUUGACAGAGAAUUAGAAAGAGAGAAGGAGCGUCAGAGACUGGAAAGAGAAUCUAAAGAGAAGAAAAGAUCAAGAAGCAAUGAACGUGGACUGGAACGCAAGAGGAGCAAGAGCAGGGAGAGACAUAGGACACGAAGCAGGAGCAGAGACCGCAAGGCUGACAGAAGAGAGAGGGACAAAGAGAAAGAAAAUGAGAGAAGCAGAAAACGGGACUAUGAUAAAAAGGGUAAUGGUAGAGAUAAAGAGGCUGACAGGACCAGAGAUCGAUCAAAAGAACGUAGGAGGAGUCAAGAGAAAAAAGAUAGAGAGGACAAGAGGCACAGAGAUGACAGGGAUUCUCGAAAGGAGAGGCGGCACAGCAGGAGCAGAAGUAAAGAUAGAAAACAGAGAAAGAGCAAGAGCCCUAGUAAGAAUGCAAGUAGCAGAGCUCGUAGUCGAAGCAAAGAAAGGUCAAACCGACAUAAAGCAAACAGGCGUAGCAGGAGCACAAGUCGAAACCGAACAGACAGUGCAGAGAAGUCCAAGAAACGGGAGCGCAGCUCCAGCAGGGAGAAACCACGCAAACGCAGCAGGAGCAAAGAACGAGGGCAUAAGCGUGACAGUGAAAACAAGGACCAUGAUUACCACAGCGGUGACCUUGAAGAAAAGCAAAGAGACAAAGAUGAGACUCUGUAACGAUUUACAAUGAACGGAUCACAUUGAAUCCUGUUUUCCCCUUUUUAUUUCCUGCUUCCCUUACAAGGUCAUGUUGUUCUGUAGCACUCUUGUUUAUAUAAUUUUGACAUUGUCUAAGCCAUGAGACUCUUUUCCCUCCUUUUCAUUUAGGGAUGUGCCUUUUGGGAAUCCCUUGUGCAUCGGACAUAAGUCGGUUAUUCCUGCAUUAGCUUGUUGACUCGGUGCCGAUAUUGUUGCGUUUUUAUUGGUUCAGUGUUCUGAAAAUUGACAGUGUCCUGCAAGAUCCUGUAUGUAAGAGGCACUACUUUUGCCACAUCGUUCAGAAGCUAAUGAGGUUCACUUCCUCCAAAUGCUGAGUGCAUGGCUUAGCUGACAGUUUGUUAAUCUGGCUAUUUUUGUCAUUUUCUAAAAUGAAUACAGACUUAAAAUUUCAAAUUCGUCUUACUGUCAAAUUGUAAAGUUUUUUUUUGUUUUUUUUAUCAAAUGUAAACAUUUUUGGAAUUAAGCUUUCCUUUCUAAAAUGGGUCCAUGGAAACGUUACUAAAUAGGUAACGCCUACAGGAAUGGAACCAGCUGCUGUCUUUGAUGUCCAAAGAAACAAUCGCAUUGUAAAGGAUUUUAACUGUGGUCAAAGCUGAAAUUCCAACAGUGGGUUUAUUUUACAGUAGCUAUAAAAAUGUGUAUUUUCUUCAAACAGCAGUAGGGUUAUUCUUAAUACAAUCCACAGUGAGGGACUUGGAAGUUUAGUAAGCAAGAAUAUCAUUAGGCUUCUUCACAUGGGCAUUUUUACAUGCAUUUAAUGGGAGGUCAUUUUUUUGGCCUGAUAGCUUAGUUAGCUUUUUCAUUUAAUUGAUCUCCCUAAGGUCUGCACCCCUGAGAAUAACACUUAAUGUGAAUGGGUUUCCCAUGGGUACAGGCACACAGAUAAGUUAACAUUCGUGCUUGAAAUCCACUGCAUCAAACUCAUGUUAAAAUGCCUCUAUGAAACCUAAGGAUAAGCGCUUACCCUACAAUGAAUGCAAAUAUGGAAACAAAGUGGUUUAAGUUGAUACCUGUGUUUGGGAACACGGUUAUGCUCUUACUGCCUUAUGUCUUGGUAGAACCUCCUCACAGAUGUAGCUCAAACUGCUUUGUAACUUCUAUCUGGUGCCCUGGCAAUUGCAUUCGUCCUGGGUACUACCAUUUUUUCCCUCCUUUUAGGAUAAAAGUUUGUUAAAUAUACAAGCAAAAUAUGGUAAGAUGUCUCAAAUUUCCCAAUUGUGCUUGCAUCUUUAAAGAGUUCUAUAAAAUCUUUUAAUGAUGAAAUACAGGCUUCUAUGUGAAAUGGCAUUUUGUAAUAUUUAUAAAUUUUUACUUUGUUUCACAAAGUGUUGGCGUGUCUAAUGUAUUUGAAAUUGCUUCUGUCUAUUUCUUAGAUUUUUUUUUUUUUUUUCAAGGUUUAAAACUGCAGUUAGCAGUUUUGUUUUUUUAAGGGUGUGCUAUAACCUACAUUCAUCAGAAGACCAAUAAAUAGUGGUUGACAUUAUAUAUCACAAAUCUGGGUCUGUGUUCAAUGUUUAGUUCUAGUUGAACAUGGGAAUGUUGGUUGCUGUAAAUCAAAAAAUAUACAGCUUGAUAAAUAUUUUUAUAUGGCAGCCCCACCCUGUUUAUUCACCACAUGUGGUACUGUAUUUUAAAUCACUACUUGGAAAUAGCAAAAAUCAGAAACCUUUUGUGUGCCAUAAAUCUGGUAUUUGCAUUAACCCUUCUACUUACUGGUAUCUUUGCAAAGAAUGAUCGCUUGUCAUAUAUUACGAAAUUUUAAGGCAUGUGAAGUUUGAGUUUCAAAAGAGCUUUCUGAUGAAGUGGCUAAAUUCCCCCCCUGUAUGAGACUGUUUUUAAGGUAACCCAGAGAAAUAAAUAGCCUUCCUCUGCAGAUGAAAAAAGAUGAAAUUGUGAAUUAGAAGUAAAAAUCUAAAUCUGUGAAACUUUUUAUAUAUAGGUGUAAAUGAAUACAGAAGUGUACUUUAUUAUUGUAUUGCCUACAUUGACAAUAAAUGGUAAAUUUGGGUAAAGGGA